AUGAGACCAGGCAUGCGCCAUCCACCGCCGGUUCCACCACUUCGACCACCCCAGCGUCUUAUGCCGGCACCGAAUGAUGGCGGUGUUUUUUUCGGGGGUCGUGAUUACGCACGUCGACAACAACAACCGCCACUACAACAAAAUUAUCUACCACAGAAACCAUUAUUACCACCAGGUACACCACCAAAUCAAUGGCAAAAUAAUCCAAAUUAUCGUCCUGGUCCUUUACCAUUAAUACGUCCCAAUGGUCCAUGGCAUCCACAUGGUAAUACAUAUCAUUCACCAUCGCCUCCACCAUUACUACCGCCUCAUCAUUCACAAUUUAAUCCAAACUCUCAAACUCCAAUAACUUUUAUACCACCAAAUGCUACAACAUAUGAAUUAAUGCGAAUUGCAAAUCCUGAUCAAAUUCCAUUUCUUGAACCCCAUGAAGAUGAAGAUAAACUUGUUCGACAACAUCUUUCAUCAAAUAGUAAUAAUGAUGAAUCUCUAACAAUAAAUAUAUCACCAUCAAAAGCGCAUAAACGCCGUCGACAACAACAACAACAACAGCAACAACAUGAAAAUAAUCGAAAUAUGAUUUCUUAUCAAGAUCUUGAUCGUCCAGAUGAACAACGUGAUCCAUCAUUUGAUAAUCGUCUUGUACCAAAACCGAAUAAAACAAAUCAUUUACCAUCGGAUAAAACAAAUAAUCAAAUACCAAUAAAAUCUUCUACAGAUAAAGAUCAUGCACUUAAAUUAGAACUUGAUCGUAUUAAAAAAGCAGGUGCACAAGAAAGAGAAAAAUUAAAAGCACAAAGACAAGCUGCUGCUGAAAAAGAAAAGGAAGCACAAAUGAAAAAAAACAGUGCAAAAACCGGUGAUAAAGAAAAACGUGAAGAUGGUGAACUCGGUGAUAGUUCAGAUGAUGAAAAUACAAAAUUAACAUCACCAAUUGAACCAAAACGUUUUAAAAAGAUUGUUGAUAAUCUUGCUUUAAAUCCAUCAAAAUCAACAAUAUUAUUUCGUUCAAAAACACCACCAUCAGAAAGUAUUAUUGAUAUGAGUGUUAUGAAAUUAAUACGUCCUAUAAAAUUAUUUCAUCUUGAUGAUGAUAAUAAUAAUGCAUAUCGUGAAUAUUUAACAACGAAUUUUGGUCGUGUACGUGUUCAUUGUCAUAAACCACAACCAAAUUUCUUUUCAAAUGUUAGUUGCAUUGAAGAAAUAAAACGUCGUUUACGUCUAAAUAAUAAUUCAUCAUCAUCAUUAUUAUUUCGUCAUUUAAUUGAUGAUAAUGUUCAGGAUUAUUUAACAACAUUACAAAUACAUGUUGAAACUGAAGAUGGAGAAAUUGAAAGUGAUGAUGAAAAUACAAUAGAUUUAAAUGGAAAAUUAACUAAACAUAUGUUAUCUGAUGAUGAUAAUGAUAAACAAAUAAGAAAAAAAAAAAAACUAACUGAUGACGGAUUAAAAGAUAUAACGAAAUCAUCAUUGAAUGAAAAACCUUGGAUAACAAGUGAAUUGCGACAAUUAAUAAAACAAAGAAAUAAAUUACAAGCACAAAUACUUAGUGGUGAUACAAAUGUUGAGAUUGAAAAGAAAUUUAAAAAAAUGAGAAAUAAAAUAAGUAAACAUGCUAAAGCACUAAAAGCUAAAUAUGAAAAUUCUAUAUUUAACUCUUCAGAACCAUCUCUAGCACCGCCAUCUACAUCUCAACACCAAUCAACAACAUCAUCAUCACCAUCAGCUAGUACUACAGCAGCAGCAGCUAAUCAUCCAUUAUCAACAAUACUUGAUCCAGCUCUUGUUAUGGCAAUGCUUGUUAAUCCAAGUCUUUAUUCUCAUGUGCAACAACAAGUACUUUCAAAUCCAAAUUUUAUGCAAGCUUAUCAACAUAUAUUUGCUGAAGGAAAUUCAACAAAUUCUCUUCCUCCAAAAGCUGCAAGUGAAACACAAGUUGUUCCAUCAACAACAACUACAACGGUUGAUGGUUUAAUUAAACAAGUAACAACAACAUCGAAAGCUAAUAAAGAACAACAACAACAAAAUAUUUCAUCAACAAGAUCUCGUCCAGUGUUAACACAAGCAACAAAACCAAUACAAUUAAGUUCACUUGAAUCUGAUUUUGAUAAUGAACAACGAAAUAAAUCUAAAACACGUUUUACAUCAUCCGAUACACCAUUAACUGAAAGUCAACAACAAGAUAUUGCUUUAACACAAGAAUUAAUUCGUCGUCAAUUAGCAUUAACACAACAACAACGUAAUCAACGUAAUCCUCAUCCAACUAGUCAAUUAUCAUUAUCAACACCAUUAAGUCGUCAUAUACCAUUAACAACUGAACAAAUGCAAGAAAUUUUAACACGUGCAAAAAAUUAUGUUACAAGACAACAAAGUGAUGAAACAACAGAUUCAUCAAAUAAUCAACCACGUUUAUCAUAUAAUACUCGUCGUUUACAAGCUGCACUUGCUGCAUCAGCUUCAUCAGCUACACCACAAACAGCACAUACUAUUGGACAAGCUGCUGCUGCUGCUAUUGCUGCUGUAUCAGCUCGACCAUCAUCAUCAACAGCGACAACCACAACCACAACAAUAACACCAACAUCUGCAUCAAUAACAAUACCAAAAACAAUGCCAUCAUCAUCAAAUUCACUUGUUACACCAGUCACAUCGAUUCCACCGUCAUCUCAACAGCAUCCUAUUCGUAUUCAACUGGACCAAAAAUCGAAAACACUUUCAUCAAUUAGUAAUAAUCAAUCAUUACCUAUACCAACAAUUAAUCAACAAAAAAUUAUGCCUUUAGUCGAUGUUAAUCCUUCACCUCCUCCACAUAUGUAUCCAGCGCCAUCGAAUUGGCAACGUCCUCCUCAUCUACCUGUUUCACAUUAUCCAAUGCCACCACAUCAACAACAAUAUCUACCAUAUGAUAAUCCUCAUACACCACCUUAUUAUGGUCCACGAACAAAUUAUCCGCCUGAUAUACGUCCACCGCCACCACCACAAUCAUAUGGUCCUCUUCCACCACGACAUCUUUCUCAGCCGCCAAGAUUUAAUGGACCAUUACCUCCACCUGGACCAUAUGGUUAUGGCCAUCCACCACAGAACUAUGGACCACCACCACCUCACCCUCAUUACGCAUGUCCACCACGAUCAAAACCCAAAAUACAUCCACCACGAAAAACUCCCGAUCGAAUAACUUCUCGUGUCUUCAGUAUAUGCCAAUCCGCGGUAAUGAAUAAUCAUACAGCACAACGACCAGUUCGAUUAAAUAAUUUUAAAAAUCAUACAGCAUUGACAAGCUCAAAAGAGAAUGUUGAUAAUGCAUAUCGUACAAUGAUUGAAUUUACUGAAACAUGUAAACGAGAAUCAACCAAUGAUGGAAAUCCAAUUGAAAUGCCAAUGCCAAAACGUAUUCGUUCUUCAUCUCCUACAUCAACAUUUGAACCACAUUCUUCUCCAUCAGCUAUAUCACGUUAUAUAAGUCAUGAUAGUUAUUUAAAAUUUAUUCCACCCUCAUCAUCAUCAUCUGAUCAAUGUAUAACAACAAAUAAUAAUGCAAAUAUUGAUACAGAUAUUAUCGAUGAAGCACUUUGGGAUGAUUGGGAUUUACCAUCGACAACAAGUAAAAAGACACCGGGUAAAAUUCGAACAAUGUCAUCACCAGCUGUACAUUCACGAACAAAGAAAAUGACAGAUACAACAACUAUUCUUAAUGAACUCGAAUCAACAAAUGCUGCACAGACAUCCGUAGAAUCCAUUUCUUUACCACCAGUUACUUCUACUAUUACUUGGGAUGAUGAUGAUGCUGAUUUCGAACAAUUAUUAAGUCAAUUUCCAGUUGAAUUACCAUCGAAAAAUGUACUCGUAGAUAAUGAUUCAAUAUUAAUGACAACACCAAGUAUCGAUGAUGAUAAUUUAACACGUCUUGAUGAAACACGUCGAUCGUCAGCUAUAUUAACAACAGAAAAUCAAUCAUUAGUUCAUGAUGCAACAAAAAUUGAACUAUCUAGUCAACCAAAUCUUAAUCAAAAUCGAUUAUCAAAUUUAACUUUACAACGAGCAAAUACUGGACCAUUAUCAUCACCGAUUGCUAGUAAAAAUACAAUAAAAAUAAAUUCACCAAGAGUUCGAUGUGAUUCAGCUAGUCUAGAUAAAAAGAAAACACGAUGUACUGAAGCUGAAAUUGAACAAAAACGUUUAGCUGCUCUUGCUAUUCGACGUCAACGUGAACAAGAACAACAAAAACAACAGAAAAAACGUUAA